AUGACAUCGGCCGUGCUUCCGAGGCCCGUGCUGGCGGACAGCGUGACGCGCGUGCUGCCCGUCACCACCGCACUGGUGGCCCGCAUCUGCGACAAGCGGCAGACGCCCGAGCUGGUGAGCUGGCUGGCCACGAACGUGCCGGUGCCGGCGCUCGGACACCUGAAGCGUGUAAAGAGCGUCCAGCUGGGGGACGGGACGGCGCUCUUCGUCCUCAUCGACCUGCUGGAGUGCGUGUUUCCGGCGCUGGCGCUGAAGCCGCCGGUCGAGCCGGGUGGUGCGGCGCCGCAGCCGGGGCUGGCCGACACCCUGUACGCGGCGCCGGUGGCGGCCGGCCGGCCCCUCACGCGACGCCAGUACACCCAGUCAGCGGCUCUCUGGCCCACCGUGUUCCACCGCGACCAGCGGCUGGAGGCGCACGCCGUCAUGCGCGCCGUGGACGCGGUGGCGGCGGCGCAGGGCGGCGGCGCGUGGCUGCAGCCGGCCGCGCCGCCGCCACCGCCGCAACCGGCGCCCGCCGCCGCGCCGUACCUCUGCACCGGGUACGAGGCGUUUGUGACGCGCGAGCCGUGCGUCAUGUGCGCCAUGGCGCUGCUGCAUUCGCGCAUCGGACGGGUCUACUACGGCCGGCGGCGGCCCGACGGCGCGCUCGGCUCCCUCUGCAAGCUGCACGUGACCGAAGGGCUCAACCACCGCUUCGAGGUGUUCGCUGGCCUGUGUGAGGAGCUUUGUGAGCAGGUGGGGGGUGAGGAUGGCUCGUGACCCUUGUUCGGCGCCGCUGGACGACUGGUGACCCUAGCUCAGCGCUGCUGAAAGGGUGGUGGCCCGGGGUCGGCACCAAACUAGUUCAUCAGGUCAUUUCGGCAGAUGGGCAGCCGGUGACCACUUCCACGCCGCCGCAUUCAGUGCAAUUUGUUUUUAACAACGGAAUGUGCCUCCGGCAGAGCAUCUCGGGGUUUCCUUGAGCGGGUAGUGUGCCUGUCGUAAGGCCGCCAGAGGUACAAAGCAACGACUGAUGUCCUCCAGGGAUGCCGCCCACUAUGAUGUCACCCGCUAUUCGACCAUUGUGUGGAGUGAUACUGGCCCUUUUGGAUACAGAUAUGAGGGUGUGCGUUGUUUUCCGUCCGCCCACGCGCAAUGGUCCUCCCCGGGUAAUCAGUGGAGAUCAAGAGCGGUGGCGUCCUCCGAUUCGCCGAAUCACCGGCCCGCCGUGAGCGGCUCAGUCGCCGGCGCGUUGAUGACAACCAAUGGGACCGGCGAAUUCCCGACGAGUAACUCUGAAGAAUGGUGGUGAGGGGCGCCAGGCACGGACCCAGUGUCACUAACAAGCAUCUCUAACGGAGACGCCGCCCAAUCCAGCUAUGCACUGUUUUGCUUGCAAGCUUUCCAAAUUACAAAUAACACAUACCGUCGGCAUCGAUGCCCACUACCUCGUGGCCGUUUCAUUUACGGAUAAAGUGGCACGGCCCAUGUUAACAGGCAUGCAGAGGGGUGGCACGGCCCAUGUUAACGUAUGCAGAGGGGUGGCACGGCCCAUGUUAACAGGCAUGCAGAGGGGUGGCACGGCCCAUGUUAACAGGCAUGCAGAGUGGUGGCACGGUCCAUGUUAACAGGCAUGCAGAGUGGUGGCACGGUCCAUGUUAACAGGCGUGCAGAGGGGUGACACGGGCCAUGUUAACAGGCAUGCAGAGUGGUGGCACGGCCCAUGUUAACAGGUAUGCAGAAUGGCGACACGGCCCAUGUUAACAGGCAUGCAGAGUGGUGGCACGGCCCAUGUUAACAGGCAUACAGAGGGGUGGCACGGUCCAUGUUAACAGGCGUGCAGAGGGGUGACACGGCCCAUGUUAACAGGUAUGCGGAAUGGCGACACGGCCCAUGUUGACAGGCAUGCAGAGGGGUGGCACGUCCGCGAGACAGGUUGCCGCGCUGUUGUCACGAGUGCAAGGACGGGAAUUUCAUAUUACCCAAGUCUCCAGCUUUUUUCGGAUUCGAAGGAUCAUAAUCUUAUUCAGUACACCAACUAACGUCUGUGAAAUCUUCUGGCCGCUU